AUGGAGGGCCCUGAGAUUCUCAAUCUGCGUCCGCACAAGGCCGGAUCGACGAGAUCGUACUCCCCGACCAUUGUCCUCGACGACGCAACACUAGAGGCCGAAAUGUACAGCAAAGGCUUGAGACAGGAAUUGGACACCGAACCCAACGAUAUUCAUCAAACAGUCGAAGAGCAUAUCCGACAGCUCAACCUUGCCGCUGAGGACCGCCCUUCCAGUGCACUUAGCGCAAAGCUGUCGAACAAUGGACUGCACCGACCCUCCGAACUCCCUCUACUCCAAGAGACGAACCCGUACGAUGGCAAUGGUCAAUUACUUCCCGUGCCAGAAGAAGAGGAGGGCGAAGCCUCAUAUGAUCUGGUCGCGCCGUACGAGGAGGAUCCCGCUCCACGUCACACUCUUGAGCGCCAGGCCGAUCUGAUGUUUUCCAAAGAGCACAUGGUGACCAUUCUCAACAAUCCCCGCUUCCUCUCACAAUUCCGCGAAUUUCUUAUCGCCGAGCGACCGAGAUCGCUCCAGCUUUUAAUCUAUUACUUGAACGCGCGCAAGGCGUUGAAAGCGCUACAUUACGCCAAUGCGCUGAUCCGACUUUCAGUUGAUGUGCCUACGGCUGGCAUCGAUUCGGCCAGAGAGCCCGUAGGACCUACCACAAAUUCGGCACUCGAAGAGCGCGUGGAACGCGCUCUUGAGGCUCUUACUGCAGAGGAAUUACCCGCUUUCAUCACGUCCAAUUGUAUCAAUAUCACGGGCAAGGUUGUUGAGGAGCGAAUACGCGGAACGCUCCCGGACAAGUUUCAAGGGACGGCCGAUCAGCUGGCUGAAGUGUUUUGUCUUACGGACCCUUCUCGACCGGAUAACCCGAUCAUCUUUGCAUCUGCAGAAUUCCAUCGGGCGACACAAUAUGGUAUGGAUUAUGUGCUGGGCCGAAAUUGUCGCUUCUUACAAGGUCCCAACACCAAUCCAAACAGCGUGAGGCGGAUCCGACAUAGUGUUGCGGCUGGCCGUCACCACUCAGAGCUAUUUCUCAACUACCGACGCGAUGGUUCGCCUUUUAUGAAUCUUCUUCAAACAGCUCCACUCUGCGACAGCCAGGGCAAAAUCCGCUACUUCAUCGGUGCGCAGAUCGAUGUCUCGGGACUCACGAUGCAAGGCGCACAAAUGGAAUCUCUCCAGGACCUCCAGGCCGAGGCCGAUGCGCCGGGGAAUGAUCACGCCAGUAUAUCGUCAUCCAAAGCACCACCGCCUAAGAAGACAGAGUUCCAGGAGCUUGGGGAGCUGUUUAGUCCACGGGAGCUGCAAACCGUACACGAUCAUGGUGGCAAAUUAUUCCAUCCAUCGGUGGAUCAUCUGAACUCUGGAAGUGGUCGCCUCUGGUUGCAAAGUCCUGGAGACGAGGGUGAAAUCCGAUUUAAUCAUGGCAAUUCACAUGGCUCUCUCCCCGGUGGAUCACUCACUGGCGUGUACAAGAAUUAUCGAGCGAAAUACUGA